AUGCCGUCAAAACGAAUCAUUGAGGAGGAGAAAAAACGCCUCUCGAGGCUCGGUCCGCUGGCGUCGGACGCCGAGACCCCGCCGCGGAGCAGGGAGAAGAGUCGCGGGAAACGGAGGCGCGAGAGGACCGACAAGCGCAGCGGCGACGCGUCUCGAGCCGACUCGAGCGCCUCCCGCUCGGCGAAGCACGAGUCGCGGAACGAGAGGAAGGACCGCGGCCAGAAGAAGGUUGCAAAGCUUCCGUCUCUCUCCAAGGUCGCCUGCCUGCCGUCGCCGACUGAUCGGAACUACUUGAAGUGUCUCUCGCGAGUUGUGGGGAAGCGAGGAGAACCUCUCGUUUGGUUCAAGAAAUCCGGUUCGCCGUGGUGGCCCGGCCUCGUUUGUCACCCGUCAGACCCCUGCUUGAACCCGCCGCUCGAGCCUCGCGAGCGCGUCAUUCGCCCGAACCGUGUGCUGGUUCUCUCACUCGGAAUCAAUACGUACUACUGGACACAGCCUUCAAACACCCGCGACUUUCGCCUCGCCUAUGACGACUUCGCCCCCAUCGCGAAGAAGUUGAACAAGGCCUCGCGUGUCGCGCUUCAGACAGCGUUGGAAGAGUGCAUGUGGAAGGACAACCCUGACUGGACGUCGAUGUCGACUUUGAUGCGCCAGGCGGAUCAGUUGUCUGACGACGAAGACUGGUUAACUGACCACGAAGAGAGUUCCGACGAAGAUGUUUCUGCCCUCUCCGCUCUGCCUGCCUCGGACACCGCCGCAGAGGUUGCGCCGAGCCGCACGUCUCGGACGAGUCGCGCCUCAGAAGAGAGAAAAGAGGCCCACAGAAAAGAAGCCAGGUCGCGGAGAGGAAAAGACACGCGGCGGGGUUCGCGGGGAGACGGCGCGGUCUCAGAUCGCAAGAGAAGAGCCGGAACGGCAGAAGAGAAGACGCGGGAGACGAGAGAGAGCGGCGUGGAAGCUCGGAAAAGCCUGCACGAAAGGAUUGCAGAGCUGAGGAAGCGUGGGAGGAUCCGGAACUCUGACGCGAAGUCGGCGUCGCCUGAAAGAAAGAGUGGAAGUCGAAGCGGUCAGACCGAAAGAGAAAAGAAAGCAAAGAGGCGGAACUCCUCUCGCUCUUCGAGCUCGUGUUCACGCUCCGGUUCAGCCUCUUCUCGGUCUCCAAGUCGGUCGACUUCUGGAGAAGGCGAAAACGGAGUCAAGGGCGAAGACGCAAGGUCCAGCACGUCGAGCAGAAGCGAUGGGAGCGGGAGCGACAGCAGUUCUCCCCAGUCUCGAUCUCGAUCGCGGUCGUCGUCACAGCGGUCGUCUCGAUCGUCAGGCUCUUCGAGGUCUUCCUCGCGCUCUGCCUCGGGGUCGAGGGCUUCGUCUCGUCGCUCGUCAAGCGCGAAGAGCGGUGGAAGUGGUGAGGAGACAGCGCAGAACGAAAACGGAGACUCCUCGGCGUCCAGGGGCAACAGCGAGGGGGGUCGGCGGUCGAGUCGCGGGACGAGCGACGGUGAAGACAGUUCGCGCUCCUCAGAGAGCGAGGGCAGCGAGUCGGAGGCGCGGAGCGAAGCAUCCAAACGCGACUCGGAGCGCGCUUCGGAGACACCCGCGGCGGCAGAGGAAGUUGAAAAGACCAGGAGCGCGCUGGAGGAGAUGGCUGCAGCGCGUGCCUCGAAGAGCGAAGAGAUGGAUGUUGAUGCGGAACACAGCGAAAAAGAAGCGAGUGGAUCCCGCUCGCCAUCUUCUGCUUCGUCUUCGCGCUCGAGGAGUGAAAGUCGCGAGAAGGCACCGGGUUCUCCCUCUUCGCGGUCUUCCGCGGCCUCUCGGGAGUCGAGUGUGAAGUCGCGUGACAGUGAAGCAAGUGAAGACGCUAAGAGCAAAACUUCUGCGUCUUCUCGAGCGUCUUCUCCUGCUGCGUCUGCGCAUGAGAACGCUGAGGAAGCGGGCUCCUCUCCUGCGUCGCGCUCGUCUUCGCCGGAUGCGCAGGCCGAAGGCGCUGGGGAGAACGCGGAGACGAUUUCGAGUGGAGACGAAUCGGCGUCUUCGCGCCGCAGUUCCGUCAGCGAGGGAGACAGGGGAGCUUCGCGCAGUGGAAGCGGCUCGGAGGAGAGCAGAGGCGAGGAAGGAAACGAGAAGGGAGACGAGGUCGAAGAAGGGACGCGUCAGGGGAGCCGCCAGGAGGGCGCUGCGAGGAGGCGGAGUCGUUCGCCGUCCGUGCAGGAACAAGAGAGAGAAGAGAAGGCCGAAGUGAAGCGCAGCAGGAAGAGAAGAGAGAAGGAAAGCCGUGCGUCGCGUGGGAGCUCUGGGGGAAAGAGAGACGAGAAGAAGCGCUCGGAGAAGAAGGCGAAGGAGAGGAGAGACAAGGAGAGCGGCCACGAGAAAGAGAGAGGAAAGAGCCGAGAGAAAGAGCGAGGCAGAGAGAGGAAGAGAGAUCGGAAGACGUCUUCCGACGAGAAGCGGAGAGAGGACAAGUCGAAGUCCUUGCAUUCGUCUGCGGUAGAGGAUCAGAAGAAAAAGACUCGGACGGGUGACCGCGAAAGCCGAAAGGCGAGGAAGUCCGGAAGGAAGAGGAGCCGAAGCGGCGAGCGUGGAAAAGGCGAGAAGGGAGACAGGCGCGAAGCGGCGAAGCGAGACAGAGAAAGAUCGCGCAAAGACGACAGGUCGGAACACAAGCGAAGGCGAACAGAAAAAGACUCGCGAGAGAAGAGACGCCGCGACGUGAAGAAAAGAGACGAUCGAGACGAGAGACGGAGACGGAGGUCGCGCUCCAGUCGAAGUCGCUCCUCAGUUCGAUCGAGAUCCCGCAGCGACAUCUCGCCAUACCGACGACGACAUUACCGGUCGCGAUCCCCGCGGAGUCGGUCGCACCGGUUCAAGCGCCGCCCGCCUUCUUCGCCUCGUGUCUUCUAUUCGUCUGCUCGACCGGCGGGGCGAGGCGACGGGUCGCCUGCGGCUCGCGCGUCUUCGCGUCCGUGGUGGGAAUCGGUGUGCACGAAUCAGCUGGCCGAGCAGGAGCGCGUGAGGAAGGACGAGCGCGAUAACGGUCGCCAUGCGCAGAAGCGGUGUACGCCGUGUAACUUCAUGUUUGCGCGGGGCGGCUGCAAGUACGGGAACAGCUGCAACUUUUGCCACCACGAAGAACAUCGUCGCCACAUGGACACGUUGAUGAACGCGUUUCGGUCGAGGAACAGCCCCUCGGUGACGCGUCGCCUACCUGCCCGGAGGAGCCGGGAGGCAGAGCGUUCGUACCUGUCCGUCGACUCUUCCUCCUCGUCCAGUCGCGGGCAUUUCUCUUCAAGAUCCCAGUCGAUCUCGUCCGAGUCGUCGAGGAGCGCCGGCAGCCCCAGGCGCUCGCCCUCUCCGCGACGGCGAAGAUUCUCCGGCAGCGUCUCUCGAUCCAGGUCUGUUUCCCUCUCAGGGGACCGCCAGCGCAGAGGCCGCCGCUCCAGCUCAAAGCAGGCGAUGAUUCGCCAGCAACACGAGAGCAGGAGAUGCAGGCCUUGUCGCUUUGUUUUCAGCUCGGGCGGAUGCCGGAAAGACAGCGCAUGCGACUUCUGCCACGACCCGUCGCACAACCGAGACCUGAGGUCGCCCUUCACGCACCGCUCGAACUUCCCCGCCAGGCGCUCCAGCUUCGACGAAAGAGACUAA